UCCGUGCACAGAUGCGCACCCUAUUCGAAUCUCAGCAGCAGAGACCAUGGGACUCACGAAUUUCGUGCUGACUGUGGCCGGUGUUGGCGCUGUCUUCCUUCUGCUCAGGACUGAUGUCAGGCAAUCGGCGGCUAUGUUCCGGCGCAACGUCAAGCACAUCCGCAACUGGCUUGAAGAAGAAACUGCCGCUUCAUCCAAGGCAAUGGAUAAGUCCUCUCCGAAGGAACUUGAAUCGAAGCUUCCUCCUAAAGACACUCCCAAGGAGGACAAGCACUAAUGCUUGUGCAAGUGAUGGGAGGUUUAGUGCAGUCGUCUUAUUGUAUGUAUUUAAUUAUCCUUUUUCUUCAAGUUCUGAACGUUUGCAUGAACUUGCUGAUGAAUAGAUUCUUCAUCUAUGUUUAUUCAUAGAAUCCAUAGUCUUGUAUAUAUCCAUCAAGAAGAAGAGUACUCCACUUCUCCGAAGAAUUUGCGCUUGAUUGAUUAAAAAUGCUGAGAACUUUAUUUUGCAGCCUCAGAAUCUUUCGACUUUCAGUUUGCUACCUUUUCGUCACUACUCAAAGGUGACACAUUAUUCCACCUCGGAGGCAUGCACAUGUGUCUUCGAAGGAGAAUCAAUUUGCUCUAGCCCGUACAUGAGUCAUGCUCACUCAACCCUGCCAUUCCAUUUUUCUGGAUGGAGCGUGAUAUUGAUAUUUUGAAAGAAGAAUAAAGGUUGCUUCCCUGAUGAUGUCUCACUUUCGCAAUAAUCCUAGGAUGAAAUAAUUCUUAAUCCUCCACAGUCCCCAACACCAUGCUGUGAAAUCAUAAGUGAGCCUCGUAACUGUUAUUCUUAUUUACAAUACAAAUCUGAUAGUAAUUUGGAAUAGCCUUAGAGGUGAUGAUGGUGAAGCGAAUCAAAUUAUGUUCCUUGUGGGAAAAUACUGAGGGUUAUGUAGAUGCCAAGGUAGUUUACUGCUUUUAACGAUGUUUAAACAUCAUAAACUUUUCAAUGGUGAAUGACAGUGCAGUAGUUUGGUGCUUUAACUAUCCUUUGCAGACAUCCAACGUGUUGUUUCCUAAGCUUGCAGCAUGGAGUCAGAAUCUGAGUUAACCAACCAAACAUGAAUUAAGGACACAAAUCAUGUGGCGGGAGGAAGCGAAGGAAGCCAAAUUGUAUGUCAGUCAUAAACGUUAGAGAAAGAGUGAUGAUGGCCAUCAAUAUCGCGGGAGAGGAAACAAGCAGAAAGGGACAAGAAAGUAGUGGAGUGGUUGAAAUAGAAGAAGAUGCCAAAUCCAGUUGGAGCUGCGUGUCUCCGAGGAGAAGAAUCUCAUAAUCUGAAUGGCCUCAGCCUCGUGAGGGAAAGCAAGUGCACCUAAAACGUUGCCCUACUAUCCCUCUAACUAGGGAUAGGCUUCCAAAUUUAUCUGACUCAUUCUGAAGGGAGGUUCCCCCUGUCCAGGACACCCCCCUUUUUAAUUGUAGAGCCUUCCUCUUUUUUUUUUU